CUUUGGUCUCUACGGUGACUGCCUGGGAUCAAAAUAGUAGAGCACUGUUUAUAAACACUGCGCUCUGGAUAAAACGUACAGUUAUUAAUUGGCUAAGGAGCCUAAUGCUAUGCGGGGAGCAACCAUGGCGAAAUAUGUACUCGGCAUAGACGUAGGAACUACUUCAAUCAAGGUCGUGUUACUUGAUAUUAACUCAAAAACAGUAACGGAUGGCUUCUCUUUGCCAACCAAGGCAUAUAUCGUCAGCGACGAAACGCAUGCCAAAGAGCAGGACUCUGUACAAAUCAUAAGGACUCUGAAUGAGUGCAUUGCCUCUCUGCCCAUAGACAAGCUCCAGAAUGUCAGUAGAAUUGGGGUGUCUGGACAAAUGCAUGGGGUUGUAUUCUGGAAAGCACAAACAGUCCUGUACCAUCACUGUCUACCCUCAGGCUGUAAUUGGUCAGGUGGAGACAGCCGCCACCUCUUCAGCCCUAGAGACACCAGUCAUCUAAUCACCUGGCAGGAUGGGCGCUGCAACAGUGAUUUCCUGUCUACUCUUCCAAACCCAGACUCACAUCUCAGCAUAGCCACAGGCUUUGGUUGUGCCACUAUCUUUUGGUACAUGAAAUACAGGCCGGGGUUCCUGUCUGACUUCAUGGUGGCAGGAACCAUCCAUGACUAUGUGGUGUCCAUGCUGUGUGGCUUGGAGAGCUGUGUCAUGACUGGCCAGAAUGCAGCCAGCUGGGGCUACUUCAACACUGCCACCAACCAGUGGAACAUAGACAUUCUGAAGGAUGCUGGCUUUCCUGUGCACCUGCUCCCUGAGUGUGUGCCGUCUGGCUGCAUGGCUGGUCAGACGUGCUGUGAGUGGCAUGGCAUCCCUGCCAGCACACCUGUAGGGGCAGCCCUGGGGGACUUCCAGUGUUCUGUCUAUUCCAGCAUGACUGACAGGACGGAAGCAGUUCUCAAUAUAAGCACCUCAGCCCAGCUGACCUAUGCCAUGCCACUUGACUUCACUCCGCCAAAUAUCCCUGAUCCCACCUCUUCGAUCUCCUACUUCCCUUACUUUGAUGGCUCCUACUUGGCGGUGGCAGCAUCACUCAACGGAGGGAACGUGAUGGCCACUCUUGUAGGCAUGCUGAGUGGCUGGAUGAACGAGCUAGAGGUGGAAGUGAGCGACUCCAGCUUGUAUGAGAAGCUGAUCAGAUGUGCUCUUGGAGUGGACAGUAGUGACCUGAGGGUUAGUCCUACCAUCCUGGGGGAAAGACAUGACCCGCUCAGCCUGGGCCAGGUGUCCAACAUACACCCUUCCAACCUCUCCCUGGGCCACAUGACCAGAGCGGUGUGCCGUGGUGUUCUGGACAAUAUCACCUCCAUGAUGCACCCGGUCUUCCUGCUGGAGGCCGGAGUGCAAAGGAUCAAGGGCAGUGGGAGUGCCUUAUCCCGUAACGCAGUACUCAGACAGGAAGCAGAAAGGGCGUUUCCUCUGCCUGUGGAAUAUGGACAGGAUGUGGACUCAGCUGUGGGUGUGGCGAUAGUCUUUCAUGACAGAAUGUGAGUUAUGAUUCACACAGAGGAACUAUUUGUUUACUUGCAUAUUUGAAUACUUUAAUUGUAUUUUUUCUGAAUGGCUAACAGAGACUAUUACAAUAAACAUCAUGUUUAUUUUAC